UGUUCUUCAUGUUCUAUUUUUAAAAAUAGUGAAUAGUGUUUUAUAAAAUCCACUGAGUUUAAUUUAAAUUGCUUGUUAAUUAAAGAGUUAGUAUCAAUCGUUCCAAUUAAAAAAGCGCAAUGGUUAAUUCAAGUUUAGCGUACGAAAUACUUUUGUAUAUAAAUUCAUUUUAUUUUGGUCUUUUUGCCACAUGUGAAUUGGGUACACUUAUAUUGAAAUCUAUAUUGAUCGGGAACAAGCAAAAUAGCGACAGCUAUUGGGUUACUGUUGGCCAGGAUUAUGGUGUAUUGAUGGGGCUGUUUAUAAUAGAAGGAGCUAGACUUAUUCUUGGACGUAAAGGGAGUCUUAGUGAGAGAGAUAUUCCUGUGAUGUUUUCAGUUUUUCUGACUAUACCAUCAAUGGUGUGCGUACUAUACUUGUUGGUCAAACAAGUUGUUAUUCUGAGAAUUGAAUACAUCUGGUGCACAUUAAUGCUUACGAUACAAGUUUUAGAGUACAUUUUUGCUUCAAUGUUUAUUGUCACUAUGUGCCGUGGUCCUUCAUAUGACUAAUUUGAUUAUUUACAGAUUUUUAUGUAUUGGAACAUAGAGUAAUUCAUACACAUUAUACUUAAAUGUUUAGUAUGUUAUUGUGUGUUGUGUGAUAUUUCUACCAAAGAGUUUUUACCAUUUUAAUUAUUGAGCUAGUGCCAGUGAAAAUGUCAGUCUUGUACAAAAGUGUGAACUAUAAUAGUUCCACAGUCUUUUUCUAUAGAUAUUAAAACAAGGUUACUGGUUUUCGAAAAUUAAGAUUUAAAAAUAGUGUUUGGCCAUGCUCGAUUUGGCGGGUGCACCCAGAUGCAUAUUUUUAAAAAAAGUGUGAAACUGUUUUAUAAGUCUCGUUAUUAAAAAACUGCAGUAUUUUAUAUACCUCAA